CUGGACUGUUCAAACAGAUGGCCACUGUAGGCAGAGAGAAAGCAGCUGACCUCCUCAGUGGUCUCCUGUGACAGCAGACGUUAUGGAGAUGUUGAAGAUGUUUGGGCUGGAGGUGUUUCUCCUGAUCUUCCUGUGGAGCACACAGGCUCAGGACAUCCUGACCCCCAGCGUGGACAUUAUCGUGGAACUGGGCAAGCUCAGAGCUCUGGAGGGAAGAAUGAAAGCCAUGGAGGCUGAAAUGGCCGAGCUGAAGACGGAGAACGCAGGACUUUCCAGGAGAGUGGAGAGCAUCAUGAAGACCCUCGCAGAUCAGCCCAAAGUGGCGUUCUCCGCUACGCUGUCCAACCUGCAAACCGGUUUCAAGUCCCUCGUCCCGUUCCAGAACGCGGUCACUCUGGUGUACGAGAAUGCCUUCACAAACAUCGGCUAUGCAUAUGAUCCAAAAACAGGAAUCUUCACGGCUCCACUGAAGGGAGUGUAUUAUUUCAGCUUUACACUCUUCCAGCCGGUCGGAUCUGAUCCUCAGUACCCGACCAAGGCGUCCUUGCUGAAAAACGGGGUGCUGGUGGUGGCUGCCACAGAUAACGCCCCGGGGGUGGAUUCUGAGGACACUACUGGAAACUCCGCCUCCCUCAAGCUGGAGAAAGGAGAUCAGGUGUACGUGCAGCUUUGGGACAAGUGCAGGGUCUACACAGACAGAAACAAGCGCAACACCUUCAGUGGGCAUCUGCUCUUCCCAAUGUGAAUCCCACUUCACUUGGCUGUAGACGCCUUCAGCUGAUGCUCAAAUGUUGGGUGCCUAAAGUUGUAGCGUUUGGGGGCCGAAGUUCAAUAAACUUCAGGUUUAUUCAA